CUUGAUCCUUCUUAAAGUUUUCAUCCUCCCAGAAGUUAAUUUGCACUGAAAUUUCAACCUGCAACUCGUUUUCUUUUUCUGGGGUUUUAUGAUUUUGUGUUUCUGAACAUUGUCGUAAUCAUUUUUGAUCAAUUUGAUUUAUUGGGUACACUUAGAACACAUUUGGAGAGAAGAAUAAUGGAUUUCUUGACAGGAGGGUCAAAGAACACUUGGCAGCCAGUCAUGGGGCCUGAUACAACCACCUCAAGUUACUGGUUGAACUGGAGACUGUUUCUGUGUUGUGUAUGGAUUUUGACAUCUAUGGCUAUGGCUUCCUAUCUCAUAACGAAAUACGAAGGGCCUAACAAUCGAAAAUCAAGAAUCAGAGAAGAUGAUGAUGAAGAAGAAGAUGAUUAUGGAGGAGUGUUGUAUGAUGAUGAAGUUUGGAAGCCAUGUUUGAAAGGAAUCCAUCCAGCUUGGUUGAUGACUUACAGAAUAUUUGCUUUCUUUGUGCUCUUGAUUCUCAUCAUCCUAAACGCCAUUGUUGAUGGAGGAACCAUAUUUUACUACUACACACAGUGGACUUUUACGUUGAUUACUAUAUAUUUCGGGAUUGGAUCUCUGUUGUCGAUAUACGGAUGCUACCAGUAUCACAACAAAGUUGGAGGUGACAGAAGUGAGGAAUUCGAUGAGGAGCAAGCUGCGAUUGCGAAUUUGCCCAAUGCCGCGAAAUCCAUUGGCCGUAAAGAUCAAAACCACCCGCGCCAAGUCGCUGGCCUUUGGGGUUACGCUUUUCAGAUCAUAUUUCAGAUGCAGGCAGGUGCAGUUGUGCUUACAGACUGCGUUUUCUGGCUCAUCAUAGUACCAUUUCUUGCCAUGAAAGAUUAUAACUUGAAUUUUUUCAUUAUAAAUAUGCACUCGAUCAAUGCUGUGUUAUUGCUCGGUGACACCGCGUUGAAUAGCUUGCGAUUCCCGUGGUUUCGAAUUGCAUACUUCAUUCUUUGGACGUGCGUUUUUGUUGUUUUCCAAUGGGUCGUUCAUGCGUGCAUCGCCCUUUGGUGGCCAUACCCUUUUCUUGAUCUAUCGUCUUCAUUCUCUCCAAUAUGGUACUUAUCAGUGGCAUUGUUGCAUGUCCCAUGCUAUGGGAUUUUUGUUCUAGUGAUAAAACUGAAGCAUUUUCUCUUGUCGAAAUGGUUCCCAGAUUCUAACCGAUACGUUCUAUGAUACGGCUGAAUCGCAAAGCCAACCUUCAUCGAUUGAGCUUUUCUAGUCUUAAAGACGAUAGGGAUGAACUGUAGAGAUUUACCAAGAUUUUCUUAGAAUGUUAAUAGAAUUUCUUGAGAAAUUGACAUAUAAUUGUUUGCUGUAAUUAUUGGUUAUAUAAAUACAAGCUUGGAGAGUUACAAAUGC